AAUAAAGUGAAAAAUGGCAGUACUUAGAAGAGCACUUCAUGCUGGUAGUUGGUACGAAGGCUCUGGUUUGGAGUUGAAUAAACAAUUAGAAGAUUGGUUGGGUGCUGCAGACUUAUCACAUGGACCUGCUAAGGCAAUUAUUGCCCCACAUGCAGGUUACAGCUAUUGUGGAGCAUGUGCUGGUUUUGCUUACCGCCAGAUUAGUCCUGUAGUUGUGCGCAGAAUUUUUAUUCUUGGUCCCUCACAUAAUGUGAGAUUAGCAGGCUGUGCUCUUUCGUGUGCUUCAAUUUAUCAAACUCCAAUAUAUGACCUUCAUAUUGAUGUACAAGUAUACAGAGAACUUAAAGAGACUAGACACUUUGGAUGGAUGAAUUUGGAUGCUGAUGAAGAAGAACAUAGCAUUGAAAUGCAAUUGCCAUUUAUUGCAAAAGUUAUGCAAGGAUUUAAAAAUUCUUUUACAAUAAUUCCUAUACUGGUGGGUUCAUUAAGUCCAGAAAGAGAAGCACUUUAUGGAAGAUUACUAGCACCAUACAUGGCUGAUCCACAGACAUUAUUUGUUAUUUCUUCAGAUUUCUGUCAUUGGGGACAACGUUUCCGUUAUACUUACUAUGAUAGAUCAUGUGGUCCUAUUCAUCGAUCUAUUCAAAAUCUUGAUAAAAUGGCGAUUCAUAGUUUAAAGAGGAACACUAGUGGCCAAAGAAUGAACUUGAAAUUUCUUAAGUAUGCUCAAAGUAAUCAGUGCAAUAAUAUGAAUGAUAGUUCUGUUAGUUAUGCCAGUGCUUCCUUAGUUCUUGAGUGAUAAAAUAUAUUUUAAAUAACAUUAUUGUCAUCUAAAGAAUUUGCAGAAAGAAAGUACUACAAAAAAAUAAA